AUGUGUCACUCUCCAUGGCCAUCAUUUCUUGCUGGUGCACCAUGGGCAUGCGAUCUCUCCCACACCGGCAAGAACUGCAUCGGCUCGGCGUGUCACGCGACCAACGACACGAUCCGGAUUGACGUGCAGCGGCCGUCGCUUCCGGCCGGUUGUGACAUCUUCAAGCCGACGGCCAGCGACCUGUUCCACCUGGUGGCUGGGUUUGCUCGCGAUGAACAUGACAGAAAUGUCAUCAGACAACACUUCGACGCCAUCUACACACACGCUCUCAAACAGGUGUGCACUCAGCAGACGAGAGGGACAACACACACUGAUGUGUGUGUGUGUCUGUGUGGUUGCAUGCAGUUUCCGAUGGCUGAGUACGAGCGUUUCUUGUCACUCGCAUUGGACGACUUCGAGCUGUCGCGGUCCGCACAAGAGCUGUCGGAGUCUCACUACGACGCCACGAGCCCGCACUGCGACGACAGCACACCGCCUCAGCCAGAGAGCGACCACCCCAAACACGAGGCGCCAUAUCCAGGCGGGUAUGCAAUGCCAAGGUGGAUGGAUGGAAAGACAGAGACACACCGGGUGUGCCUUGUGUGUUGUCAGCCCGGUGCGGCGUGUGUUCGGCAAAGACCUGGGUCAGUCAUUGACGGCCAGUCUGUCUGCGGCCACCGGUCCUGCAGCCGCGAUGGUCCCACCUGUCGCCAUGCUCACGACGAUGGCCAUCAUGAGUGUCAAGGGCCUGCUGCAAGGCUCGCUCGCGACGGUAAAAGGGCGGAGGGAGACAUGGACAGAUGUGUGUUUGUAUGUGUCUCUGUCCUGUUAUGUGCAGAUUGUUGACAUUGUUCCUCCGCUCAUCCCGCCGCCCAUCUGGAUUGCCCGUCCGCUGCCCUGUCUGCCGAUGAUCACGGGCAAGAACUGCAUCGGGUCGGUGCUGUAUCCCGCACGAGAGGCACUUAAUUAUUCAUUGUGCGGUACAGGAUGUGCCGUGCUGCCCAAUAGAUGGGUGUUUGUGCACGUACGUGUGGGGUGGCUGUCGUGCUGUACGUGAGGGCGAUGGAGAGGGAGAGAGAUGUGGG